AUUAUCCGCACUGAAAGCCCAAAUUAAGGCAACGAUUCGGAUUUUUCCUAAACCCUACAACCCGAUUUUUUUCCCAGGUGGACUCGAUUUCGAAGCUACUCUUCCGUCGCAUAAUCAAUAGAAAGAAGAAGAAAGAGCGGAAUUGAGCAAAACAUGGCUUCCGCGAAUCUUAAGCAGAACAUCGUCACUGCACUGUGUAAACAUUUCUCUGUGGACUUGAAUGGCUACCUGCGCGAUGUAGAUAGUGAUCUUAUAAGCUUAUGUACCAAGAUUUUGAAGUCAUCAGCGAAUGCUGUUGCUCUUCUGUGCAAUGAUGCUGAGUUGACAAAGUGGAUUUCAUUCGUGGAAAGUGUUACUGCCGAUUCCGCUAAGUUUCUCAGUGACUUGAAUGAAGAGUUGAUCAAGAAGUCUGUUCUACUUGGCAACGGGUUUAAGCCUUCUGCAGCUGAUAUUAUUGUCUUCCCAGCUGUGCAUUCAGUUGUGGUUGGUUUACCUAAUACCAAUAGACUGAAAUUGCCACAUCUUAUGCGAUGGAUGGAUUACAUCCAGAACAAAGUAGAAUUCGGGAAUUCAUUUGAAACAAUUUUGCUUGAGAAGGUCCCAUUUGAGCCUCCGGUGGUAAAAAAUGUAAAAAAGGUUGAACCAGAGCCAACUGCAAAGAAAACGGUGCAAGAAACCAAAGAUGCCGCUACUGCCAAAGCAGAGUCAAAAGCGGUGAAACCUGUUGAAAAGAAGGAAGUCGCAACUGGAAACCAAGCUGCUAUAGAGAAGAAAAAAUCGACCGAGAAGGAAACACCUGGAAAAGAUAGUGAAGUUUCUGUUAGUUUGCUGAAGAUACAGAUUGGUCUUGUUCGUAAAGCAUCUCAACAUCCAUCAGCAGACAGCUUACUAGUUGAGGAAAUAGAUGUUGGAGAGGGUAAAAAUCGGCAGGUGGUUAGUGGUCUUGCAAAACAUAUCAGUCCAGAGCAAUUGACGAAUCGUUAUGUUGUACUGAUAACAAAUGUAAAACCAUCGAAGCUGCGAGAUGUCAUGUCUGAGGGACUGGUGUUAUGUGCUUCUAAUCAAGAUCAUUCAGUUGUAGAGCCGCUCAUAGUUCCUGAAGGGGCAAAAGUUGGAGAAUGUGUUACAUUUUUGGGAUUCGAGGGAAAACCAGAAGACGUUUUAAACCCAAAAAAGAAACAACUGGAUAAGAUAACUCCGCAUCUUUCAACGGACAGCAGUGGCAUUGCCACAUAUAAAGGGGUUCCGUUUAUGACUUCCGCUGGCCCAUGCAAGUCAUCAAUUCCGAAUGGUAGCGUCAAGUGAUGGGCCGGUUAUGUACCUUCCACCAGAAUUCAAUGCACAGUUAACAACCUUUCUUUUGGGCAAUGAGGCAACCUUUAUAUUUUUCUACCAUGUUUCCAACUUGAAAUCCUAGGGGUAAAAAGUUGGUUUGUUGUCAUAUGCAAAAUGGAUUUUAUUGUAGAUGUAAUUCUGUGCACCGAAAACUCUGUUUCUUCUCUUAGAUGUUGAAAUUUGAAGACAACGGCAAGAGAAAUGCUGUUUCUAUAAGAGGUCGCCGCCAAUGAAUGAACAUGCAUCUUGCAACAGCCCGUGUGUUAAAGUUAAAAUCAUUUUUUCGUGUUCUGUGUGUUAUAAUGAUUUCAUCAAACCAGAGUCUGGUUCAAAUGAAAAAUUAAGGAAAAUAAAUUCAAACAUCAUCCAGAUAUUAUUGCAUCAGAUGGAUAAUAUCAUAACCUUUCUGAUAGCCCUGUUUAUUACAGAGAAUUAGAAAUGAAAAUACCAGAAAAAGGAAACCGAAGAAUUGCAUUUCAACUAACUACUUCAAUAGGUUCAAAGCCCUUGUCGAUAGACGCCUUGACUGCAUCCACAAUCAGUUGCGUUUUCCUACUAUAGACUGGCCAUUUCGUAUCUGGCUCGGAGCCUUCAGUUUUAAUACUGUUGACCAACCUAGAAAACUCCUCCACCAUUAGAGCUUCCUGAGUAAGAUCUGUCGAUACAUCAUGUUCGCUCGUCCGAGGCAUCCACCCAAGCAGACGCUUAGCCCACCAUGACUUUGCAGCUUUAACGAAUGAAGCCUUGUUCUCAGCAACAGGGACAACAAAAUCAUCAAGGCGCAAAGUGCCAUUGGUUCCGGUUGCAGUGAAAUCCAUCGUCAUGUUUGCUUGAAACGAGCAUACGAAAGUGGCCACUUUGCCAUCCUCCCAGUACAGAGAAGCUCCACAGGAAAGGAGGACGCCUGAUCCGUUGAUGGAUGGGUUGCGCGACGCGAUUACAGUAUUUGGCAGCUCAUAAUCAACAGCCCACAAGAUUGCUCUUAUGCAGUACCACCCAAGAUCGCCUAAGGCACCAAGAGCAUCUAAAUCUGGCUUCACCCGAAUGUCAUUCUCUAUGAAAUGAGGGGGCGCAUCAAACGUAAAGGUACUGUACAUCUGCAAAGAUAAGCAAGCGAACAAUCAUCGCUUUUAGGUAGCUUUGUUUGAAACACUCUCAAUUCUGUGUUUUUCCUUAUUUACUCAUCAAGCUUGAUACUUCACUUGGGGUGGGUGAAUACUACGUCAAAAUUCUAAAUUGGCUUAUUAACAAAUCUAUAAUCUAACAUGAGUAUCCUGAUUUAAAGAGGUAAGAACGUGUAAUUAUAUUACAGAACAUGUAAAUGUGACAAGAAUUUGAUACGAUAAUUCGAAUUGACACCAACAGAUUUAGUUUCAAGUCAAGUAAUAAUAAUAAUAUAACAAACUCAUUUUCAAAUUAUUUAUAAGAAGUGGUAAAUAGAAGUCAACAACACCGUAUCAUUUCAUCAAACGGGAAAGAAACAAAAAUUACCGAUUUGAGUUGGCCAAAGUUUUCGGGGUCAUCAAGGAAUUGUUUCAUCUGAGGAGUACGAGGAUGAUGCAUCCACAUUGUAGCAUCCAUAAACUGGACACCAUUAGAUUUGCAAGCCUCCAGUAUAACAUCCAGGUCCUCGACACUGAGGGCCACAGGCUUCUCCAAAAGGAUGUGUUUCUUCUUCUGGGCUGCCAAAACAGCCCACUUUAGGUGUAAGCUGGUAGGCAGAGGGACAUAAACAGCGUAAACUUCCGGGUCGUCCAGAACCGCUUCGUAGCUGCCGUAGAUUUUUGUUGUUUCAGGAAAGUCGUUGUCUUUGGCAAACGUCGUUGCUUUUUCCAAUGAACGGCUGCCGACGGCGUAGAGGGUCGACAGUGGGGACAUUUUUAUGGCCCGGGAAACUUUCUGGGCUAUGGAGGCACAACCGAUGAUGCCAAACUUGAUGGGUUCUCCGGCGGCCAUGGUUUGUUAAUGAAGUGCUUGCGAAAAUGUGUGGGAGAGUGUGAAGGAUUUUGCUCCGGGCAGCUGAUACUAACUUUGGAGUUUGAACGUAGUACAAAUGCAUUGGUGGGUAUCUUUUUGAAUGUAUAAACAAUUCAGCGGAGUGCAGCAUUAUUAUUAUUGAUUACUAG